UGGAGCAGAUAACGUGCGAAUUGCUCAGUUUACCCCCCGGUCAAACAUCCUUGAACGAGUUCAAUCUGCGUCUAAUCGCACUCCAUCCAAGAGUGAAUUCAGCAACGCUGGAGCGUAAAUAGCACGUCAACCAUAUGAGGCCAGACUAGGAUUAAGGUGUUUCGUGCGGAAAAGGUGUUGCUUAUGAGAUCGACAAUUGUACUUCAUUUUGUGGUCAAGAAAUAAACAUUCUACAAAAAAAAGUAAAGGCGACACUUCAUAUCUUCAAUGACUGAUAAAGCUGGUGGAAUCGAAAAUAUUGAAGUGGGAAGAUUGAUGUCUGACGGAGUGUGAUAAAUUUCAGGCUUGGUAGAUUAAUUCAGAGAUUAAAAAGUGGUAGAACAAAAAACAUCCGUCCGAGUUCACUUGAGAUAUCGAAAGCGGCGAAUGUAGAGGCAUCGAUCGUGUCAUGGAAACAAGUGCAUCUUAACGAAUAAAAACGAAAGGAAAAAUAGCGACUUUGAAGUUAAUUCAAGAAGAGGAACGUAAUUCUGCAGAAAAAUGAAAGGUAGUGUGAAUGAACACCGGCUAUUGACCAGGCAGACACCCAGUUCGAUGCCCACAGAAGAUGUUAAAGAGCGCAUGCAGAAACUACGAGAAAUCCUCGAUGAAGUCAGAAAUCGGCUCAACGACAUAGUGACGGAAGCCGUGGAGAGAAUCGAAAGGAUUGUACCCGCUGGGCCCAUAGGAAAAGCUGCAGGAAACACCUUACAUGCAGACAAAAAGCCUACGCAAGAGCAUGGAAAGCUCCCCGAGAAGUGCUUUCAAACACGAAAUUCAUUGCUGACGGAUCUGUUCAACGAAAGCAAACAUAUGAAGGCCGUCUACAAUGUUUGGGCAGCAAUAUUAUUUCUCUUAUUCUUGCACACAAUUUCGCACGAUCUCAUUGAAACUGGAACGGUGCAGUUAGGGUUCCUCACGAUAUUCAUUGGUUUCGAUCAAUUCACACAAGUCAUCAAGAUUUGGCUUCUGAUGACCCUGUCAUCAUUCGCAGUUUAUGUAUUUCACAGCUUCUGGGCUCAUCAACGAGUGAAGUUUCAACCGAAUUCAGUGGUUCUGGAAAUUUGGGACUACAUAUGGUUAUCAAUGUUGAUCGCAUACCAGUCAGCCUUUCUGUACAUCCCAGCCCAGGCUGUAUUGUCAGCCAAAUUUCCACCCCCAUCUGCACUGGUAAUUACGAUGGAACAGGUGCGAAUGAUGAUGAAAAUUCAUGCUUUUGUGAGGAGCACAAGUCCUAGAGUGAUUUCCUAUAAACCACAUGCAGAGGGAAAAGAAAUGAAAUUCCCUGGAUUCUCCAAGUUCCUGUAUUUCAUGUUUGCACCGACACUUGUUUAUCGAGACAAUUAUCCAAGAACGAGAACAAUUAGAUGGAGUUUCGUGGUUUCUUGUUUUGUUGAAGUCAUCUUCGUCAUGUUCUUUGUUGCAUUUUUGUACGAACGAUUCAUCUCUCCAACAUAUGGUGAUUAUGGGAGGGACCCAAUCACCGUGCGUAAUUUCACACCGAAAUUAUUCAACUCAAUGCUGCCGGGAAUGGGCAUGUACAUGUGUGGAUUCUACUGUCUCCUUCAUGCAUGGUUCAACGCCUGGGCAGAAUUACUUAAAUUCGGUGACAGAAUGUUUUAUAGGGACUGGUGGACUGCAACAUCCUUUGACGCUUUCUACCGAAAUUGGAAUAUAGUAGUGCACGAUUGGCUGUACACAUACCUCUACAAAGAUUGCUACGAAAUUAUAGUUCCAGGGAACAAGCACGUUGCCACAUUCAUUGUCUUCGGUAUAUCUGCUCUAUUUCAUGAAUUCAUUCUUAGCAUCAGUUUUCGUUUGUUCUACCCAAUGCUGUUUCUAUUUUUCGGGGGAAUUGGGUAUCCCCUCGUGUACAUAACAAGAAAAACACCUAGAAAUUUUGGCAAUCUCUUCCUUUGGCUCUUACUGUCAUUUGGUAACGGAGCACUCCUGACUUUUUAUUCAUCGGAAUACUUCGCAAGGGUCAAUUGUUCUGGAUAUGGGGAUCAAAUUAUGGAUGCAUUUGUGCCGAGAAGCAUUCUCUGUAAUAUUACAUCUCCAGCUAAUGUAUCAUCUAUCUAAAAAAUGUAAUGAAAACUUAACAAUAUAUUAUGUAAUUAUUAAUAAAGUUAUUAAAGACUUUUGACUG